AUGGAUUCCCAGAGCACCUUGUCCCGUCAGAUAGAAGGUGUGGAGAGGAGCAUGGUGUUCCUCAGACAGGAACAUCUGAGCCUGCUCCAUGGGCUUCACCAGGAGAUCCUGUCCCUGCAGAAGAGAUGCUCAGAGCUGACCUGUGAGCUGAACCUGAAGCCUCCGGGCAAGAGCCAAGUUGAUUUGCAGGUAGAAGAGCAGCUCUUGGACACUCAGUGUCUGGAGGUAGAGAGCCGUCUGGCUGAGCAGCAGUUCACCUUGGAAGAGCUUCGUAAAGAACUGAGCCACAAGGGGGCUCUGGUGGGAGCCCUCAGAGCCACUCUCAAAGACAAGGAACGCCAUUUCUUGGAGGAGUUGAAACGCCGGAGCCACCGGUCCACCAUCCUAAACACAGAGCUGCAGAAACAAACCGAGGCUGCAGCUUACCUCUCCUUCCAGCUCCAUGCUGCUCGACAGCAACUGCACCACCAGCGGCUGCAGCAGAGGCAGGAACUCCUAGCCCGAGCCAAAAGUCAGGGGAGCCAGUAUGGUGCAGAACAGAGCUCUGUUUCUCCGCAGCUGUUAUCAGUGGCCUCCCCUGCCUCCCCUGUUGUCAAACCCAAGCGUAAGAGCACUAGCAGUAGGUCAUCCUUGGGACACCUGAGGGUAGAGCGCUCUAGAGAAUGUGUGCCCAUGGAGAGAGUAUCAGGCCCUGCAGAGCCCAUUGCCAUGCCGGACCCUGCACUUUUCCUCCACCCCCGCCGGCACAGAGCCCGCUCCAGGCACUCUGCUGCCCAAAGACAGCUUCCAAUGGGCCUAGAAAAGGAGGAUGAGGAGGAAGGAGGUGGGGAGGGGCCAAUGGGGCCCAAAGAUGAAGCCUCCAGGCUUAUGGCUGCAGCCACGGCGCCCCCUGCUGCUGAGACCAAGGCAGAUUAGCUACUACUGUGACCGACUACUCACUGCAUUCAUACUCAUUUGCGUCAUUAUCCUUUUUAUGACUGUAAAUGCUGUUAACCGUUGUUUUGCACCUUGACUACAGUACACUCAGACUGGUUUUUAGCUAUUAAAUCAUAUACUCU